UCCUCUCUCCCGUCCCUCGGCUGCCGGAGAAACCGCCCAAAAUCUGGGAAAGUGAUCAGUUUAAGGGACCAGGGUUGGAAAUGGGGGGCGGAGGCGAGGGAAAAGCGAGACUACGGAAGGGCAGGAAAGGGUUUCGGCAGAACCACCAGCCCCCCACCAGCACACCCGUCUGCUCCUGCAGAGAAGGCUCCAGGCACAUCCCGUAACAAAAGGGGGUGGCAGGAGGACCCGAGGCGGAGGGGAGGCGUGGGUGCAGCCGCUUCUCCCCGCACGAGUCCCCGGUGUCUCCGGAUCGUUCUGCGCCGAGCUCUCCGCUCGCCGCCGCCGCCGCCGCCGCCCCCCACCCCACCCCCACCCGCCGCCCCAGGCCGGCCGUGGGCUGGGGGAGGGGACGCGGAGCUACGGACCUGGAGAGUCGCUUGCCAGUCUAGGGGUUGAGACUCCUGGAGCUGCGCGGCUACCUGCUGGAGUCCCUCUGCCUCCGCUCAAAGCUUUCUCGGAAAACUCCCACCCACCCUGGAUUCGUCCCACCCGGCGGCAACCCCACCCUGGAUCUCUGCGCAGAUGUUGGAGCCGCGCUCGAGGCCCGCGCAUCUGGGUCUCCGCCAAGGAGCCGCAGGCACCGGGAUCGGGCGGCCCCUGGGGAGGUCCUCACGGUUCCCCUGGGCCAGCUCUAGGAAUCGGAGGUGCGGGGAGGCUGGGAGACCCGAGGCCCCGCGCAACUAGGUCGGACUUCAUCGCACCGACAAGGACCAAAUUGCUCCGUCGCCCCCGAAGGAAAUUUGGGACGCUCAGGAGUUGAAGCUCUUACAGGUGAACAAGGUGAUGUCCAUCUUGUUUUAUGUGAUAUUUCUCGCGUAUCUCCGUGGCAUCCAAGGGAACAGCAUGGAUCAAAGGCGUCUGCCGGAAGACUCGCUCAAUUCCCUGAUUAUUAAGCUGAUCCAGGCAGAUAUUUUAAAAAACAAGCUCUCCAAGCAGAUGGUGGACCUUCAGGAAAAUUACCAGAGCACCCUGCCCAAAGCCGAGGCCCCCCGAGAGCCAGAGCGGGGGGAGCCCGCCAAGUCGGAAUUCCAGCCCGUGACGGCCAUGGGCCCCGAAUGGCUGCGGCACCAGAGACGCUACAACUCCCCCCGGGUCCUGCUGAGUGACAGCACCCCCUUGGAGCCCCCUCCCCUGUACCUCGUGGAGGAUUAUGUGGGCAACCCCUCCGUGGCCAACAGAACGGCGCGGCGGAAGAGGUACGCGGAGCACAAGAGUCACCGGGGGGAGUACUCCGUGUGCGACAGCGAGAGUCUGUGGGUGACCGACAAGUCGUCGGCCAUUGACAUUCGGGGACACCAGGUCACGGUGCUGGGGGAGAUCAAAACGGGCAACUCCCCCGUCAAACAAUAUUUUUACGAGACGAGAUGUAAGGAGGCCAGGCCUGUCAAGAACGGUUGCAGGGGCAUCGAUGACAAACACUGGAACUCUCAAUGCAAAACCUCCCAGACCUACGUCCGGGCACUGACGUCAGAAAACAACAAACUGGUUGGCUGGCGGUGGAUACGGAUAGACACGUCCUGUGUGUGUGCCUUGUCGCGGAAAAUCGGAAGAACAUGAAUUGGCAUCUCUCCCCGUAUAUAAAUUAUUACUUUAAAUUAUACGAUAUGCAUGUAGCAUAUAAAUGUUUAUAUUGUUUUUAUAUAUUAUAAGUUGACCUUUAUUUAUUAAACUUCAGCCACCCUACCGUAUAUAAGCUUUUUUCUCAAUAAAAGUCCGUGUGCUUGCCUUCCCUCAGGCCUCUCCCAUCUGUUAAACCUGAUUCUGUAACCCGGCUCCCCCAGGGGCCGCCCUGUAAAAUCUGUGUACACCAGUAUUUUGUAUUCAGUAUUGUCAAGGCCAUGACUGUCGUUGUAGUAAACGUGUUAAAAUUG